AUGGCGUCUGCAGCUGUCAACGGCGAUCGAGCGACAGAUCUUACAGAGACUGUUGUCACGCUUCAGCAAACGAUACGGAAGUUUAUAAGAGACGCAAAAGCAGGACGCGAGGGCUUUGUGUUAAGACCAGUAGCUCCUACCAACGAUCAAGCGAACAAGGCAUACGUAAGCGUAACGUCUGCUGACGAGGAGACGGAGGAUCAAUUGCAAGUUUUGAAAGAACGGCUACAGAUCUCAGAACAGCAGCUGCGAUCCAGAGGUGACUGGCAGCCACCACAACAGCUACCCAAUCUGUCAAUAUCGGCUAUUCUGGACCUCGCUGACCUUUCCAACGCUGUUGCGCUAUUGGAUCAUUUGAUCAACUCUACAAAAUCAACUCAACAGAAUACUCCACAAACUACCUUGUCAUCGUACACCUGGACUUGGGAUCCCACAUGGCAUGAGUUCUACACCUACAUACCCGCUCAACAGGUCUGGGUCUAUCUUUCACGAUGGAAGUUAAACGAAAUCAGAAACGUUUGGGAGCACGUGAGCAUGUCUGGUGUCAAUCUGAUGCCGAAUGUUGCGGCAGAGAUGCUUGGUGCUUGGGAAGACUGGGUUUGGGAUCCUACUUGGCAACGGUGGUAUCUGCAGGUGUACGAAUUUGAUACUAGCGAGAAGAGCCAGAUCUUUGCAAGUCCAUGGCGCAUACGCGACGACGGCGAAUGGGUCUAUGUUGGCGAAACAGAGGUUGUAAUCUAG